AUGAUGGCCAAGGCAACCGGACGUAUUGUCAAUGAAUCUGCUGAUUUAGAGACAGCAAAGUCAUUAAAAAGGAUCCAAUCAUCGCCGAGACCCCAAGCUGUUCCAGAAAAGAAUAAUGGAAGUCUUUCCUUCGAAGAUGGUACUGCCAGCACUUUCUCAAAUGGCUCAAAACGGACAAUCGCAUCAGAAGCUGUAAUCUCGCACAAACUAGAUCGAUCGUCCUCCUUCACUCGCAGGGUACCUUAUUUGGAUGACGAUAUCAUGCGGUCCAAUGCAAUGUUGCAAGAACUCACCAUCAACAAACUGCGUUUCGAUUCCGUUGGUCUCGUCGAUCGCGAGGAAGAGAUGGAGGUAUUAAAAUCUUCUCUGAAUCGAAUGACGAGCAUUGACGCCAACAAGGGCAGUAAAGGCAACAAGGAGCUCGUUUUCAUUGAGGGUUCCAGUGGCUCUGGUAAGACAGAGUUGGUGGGUGCAAUGCAGGCAGAAGUUUCUGCAAUGAAUAUCAAUUCUAUGAUUGCUGAAGGGAAAUUUGACGUCAAUAGUACAAGCGUCCCAUAUUCAGCGAUUGCAGCUGCUUUCGGGAAAAUCUGCGAGGGAAUUCAUCAUCAGCGGUUGAUGUCCAACAAGAUGCUUGGAGACCCACUAUCGACUAUCGGUCGCAAGCUUGUUGAAGAAAUCGGCGGGGACGACAUCCAAGUGCUGACAAAACUGAUCCCACAACUCGACAUGAUUCUCCCUGACGAUGUUCAGUUGAACCAAAGACAAAUAAUGAAUGAUUCGUUCGAUUUGGAUGCUGUGAAAACCAAAUGGGAGUAUGCCUUCAGAGUGAUGACACGUGAACUAAGCUCUCUGUACAGCCCCUUAAUCAUUGUACUUGAUGACCUGCAAUGGGCAGACGGAUCUUCGCUCAAUGUAAUCGACUUUUUGAUGACAGAUACCGGAAACGAAAACCCUUUAAUGAUUAUUGGAUGCUAUCGAUCAAACGAAGUCGACGAAUCGCACAUCUUGAAUACCAAACAAAAGGAGUUGGAAUCAAAGAAACAGAAAUUCAAGUUCCAGAUUUCCAAUAUAUCUCUGGCCAAUCUGGAUAUAGAUGGAGUAAACAAGGUCAUAAUGGCAGUGCUCUCAAUCGACAAAGCAAACAGGACGCGAGGCUUGGCCGAGGUAUGCUUCAAGAGAUCUCUGGGCAAUCCUUUGUUCUUGAUCGAGUUCAUAUCCAUGUUGGAAGAAGAAGGUCUGCUGUCGUUCAACUUAGGACUCUUCGAGUGGUCCUGGGAUGAGAAGGAAGUGGAACGAGAAACAAUGUCUACAGCGAAUGUAGUUGACUUGGUACGAUCAAGAAUGAAGAAGAUUCCCAAAUCAGCGCAGCUCGUGCUGCAAUUUGCCGCAUGCCUCGGACAAACAGUCAAUUUGAAGACUCUGAACUAUCUUUGGGCCAAACUGGGGAAUCAAGAGGACGAACUCUCAAACAUAUUGCUUCGAUUAGAGAGGGGAAAUUUCUUUGAGCGCAUUGGCGAUGAUUCAUACAGGUGGAUCCACAUCAAGCUCAAGGAGACCGCAAUGUUGACAGGCGAUGCAGCAGAACCAGCUUUUCAAUUUGAAAUCGGGUGUACUCUGUAUCAUGAAAUGAGUAGCGAUGAGUUGGAGGAUCUGCUCUUCGAGGUCACGGAUCUGAUCAACGCAGCUGGCGUCGAACGCAGAAUUGAAUUUGCUGAGCUUAACUUACGCGCCGCUGAGAAAGCAAAGCAAAUAAGUGCCUUCAACAGUGCAUCAGAGUAUGUUGCGAAGGGUAUCGGACUGCUUCCCAACGAUAAAUGGACCAGUCAUAAGGAUCUGACGUUGCGGCUUGUCGUUGCUGGUGUUCAAAUGGAAUUGGCAGUAGGCCGGAUUGGCAUGAUGGAAAAGUAUAGCAAAGAACUACUUGCACAGCCGACGUGCAGCGCGCUAGAGAAAUCCCCAGUCUACUUGGCACAAUGUUACGAGCUGCUAUCGGUGAGUUUAGAUGGCCCUGCAUCAAUUAAACUCGGGAUAAAGAUAUUAAGAAAUGAGUUUGGGGUUUGGUUUGGUGGGAACAAAGUGUUUCGCCCAGCAAUUGCACUUCGAGCCUUGUUCAAAACAAUCAAGGUAGUAAAGAGCAAGAAGAAGGAUUUUUUUGAAAAUCUUGGCGAAAUGACGGAUCCGACCCAUCAUGUAAUAAUGGAAUUGAUUGCCCGGAUCAAUUAUUCGGCCUACUUUGCAAAAGAUGUGUUCAUUCAAAUCUUGUGCACCAUCAAACACGUCGAGAUGACACUGGAUCAUGGCGUUGGGUCACUCGGCGGCUUUCCGUUUAUAACUCUUGCUGUGCUUGCAAUGGCGGUGACAAAGGACAACGAGGCUGGAGCGCAGUUUACCGAACUCGGUUUCAUGCUCCAAGCAAAGUCCAAAAGCGAGAGGGCCACAUCUGCUGCCAUCUUUCUAGCAAAUCAAUCAGUCUAUCCGUGGAUUAAGCAUCCGUUGCAAAAUUGUCGCAGGCGGCUACUAGAAGGAUAUACCUCUGGAAUGCGAGCGGGAAAUUCUGAGAUGGGGCUUUGGUGUCACGUGACAGCGCAUGUCUUACUCUCAUAUCAGGUGGGGCGACCAUUGCGGUCUAUUUUGUCAAAGUGCUACGCAAUUGCGACUCAGUGUGAACAACUGAAGCUAGUAUUUCAAGAGAUCAUUGUGAGGCUCAAUUGGCAAAUGAUACUUAUCCUCGUGGGCGAUUCUGAUGAAGCAACGACACUGAACGGUCAUGGCAUUGACCCGGAGAGAUUGUCGGUGGAAAAAAUCGAUCAGCAGUAUGCAGAUAUCAACGUAUAUGUUUUCCUGGGUGAUUAUGAAUCUGGCGCAAACGUCGCCCUGGACAUCGGAGAUACAUACGACAAGACUUAUGCAAACAAUCCGCAGGUGAUGACGAUAAACUUUCUUCGCGGCGUAGCGUUGUAUGCAAUGGCUCGAAGGACUAGAAAGAGGAAGUAUCUGCGACCUGCCAAGCGAGUUUCAGCCAAGAUUGGGGGUUGGUUGAAAGCGGGGAAUCCCAACGUGUGUCACUUCUAUCCAUUGCUCCGUGCCGAACAAGCAGCAAUGGAUGGCAAGCAUCAAGAAGCGAAGAAACUUUACCAUGAGGCGAUUGUAUUAUCCGCUCGAACAGGCCAUAUCCAAUAUGCAGCGUUGGCGAAUGAGCGGUUUGCUGACUUUUGUAGGCACGAUCUUGGAGAUGAGGAUGAGGCUACGUUUCGGAUUGGAGAAGCAAUUCAAUACUACAAGGAGUGGGGUGCAGAUGCUAAGGUUGAAAAGCUUAAAUCAUGGUAG